AUGACCAACCCAGAUUCGCAAACAGUAGAGCUGGACCGGGAAUUCCUCGAUACGCUCACUGUCCAGGGCCGCGAGUAUCAGAAAUACUCCAUCGACCAUCGCAUAUAUUUCGGCCCAGUCGAUGAAGAGGAAGCCCAGCGCCUGGAUCAUCAACAACGAAUCUUCCAGCGUAUUUUCGACGACCGUCUCAUUUUCCCGCCUAUUCGACGACUCAAGCGAGUGCUGGACUGCGGCCACGGCUCUGCUUCUUGGGCCGUGGAGGUAGCCGAACAGUACCCAGACUGCGAAUGGGUGCACCUUCUUCCUUCACACUUCAACUGGCAAGACCCAACACCCCAGAACAAACCUGCUCAGGUCUCCACCUUCACCCACCUCAACCUCGAUUCCCUUGCCUCUUUACGACAGACGAGGGUCGACGACCUGAACCGAACAUUCACAUUCCCCCCAAACCACUUCGACCUAGUCCAAUCUCGACUUCUCGCGACCGGCAUCCACAAAGCUCGAUGGCCAACCUACAUCCGCGAUAUCGUCAGGGUCUUGAAACCCGGAGGAUGGGUUCAGAUGAUCGAAAUAUACUUCAACGUGCAGUCGGACAACGGGUCCAUCACCGACGACCAUGCCCUCCGACGCUGGAGUACACAGUACAUGCGUGCGCUGGAGGAUAGGAAGGAUCUCCGCAUUGGAUCGAGGCUGCGAGGUUUGCUGACGAGCGAGGGAUUGACGGAAGUGGAUACGAAGAUGAUUCCGUUACCGCUGUCGGCGUGGUCACAUGACCGGAGAACGCGAGAAAUCGGCCAAGCGAACAGCCAGAAUAUCCAAGAACUACUUCGAUCCUUGGCGCUGUACCCCCUUACCCAACGAUUGCAUAUGUCACCCCAAACUUUCGAUGCACUGGUUGACCAGGCCCAAGCAGAGGCCCGCAACCCAUCUCUCAAAGCCUACUUCCCCUUAUACGUCUGCAUUGGCCGAAAGGCAUGA